GGCAACAAUGCCUACGCAUCGGGCAAGUACGCCGAGGCAACGGAGCACUACACGCGCGCGAUGGGCUACGAUGCGUCCGAGCCGAUAUACCCGCUCAACCGAGCCGCGUGCCUGCUCAAGCUGAGCCGAUUCGACGAGGCCGAGCGCGACUGCUCGGCAGCCCUGGUGCUGAGUCCG